UCAUGGAUUCAUUCUACUAAUCAAUAGCUAGUGACUGGCAAGUUUGAAUUUCAUUACGUUAUAAAAAUAAUUUGGUCAGUCGGGGGUACGCACGUGCCACGUUAUAUAGGAUAUCUCGAUCGUUUCAUGCAUGCAGAAAUUUAUAUGACAACGAGGUUAUACUUGUUACUUGUCAAUAUUGUGUAUGCAAAAAAAGUGCGCGACGUGCUUGUAAUCGUAUAAAUUCGAUAACAUGAAUGGCUCUACAUAAUCAAUAACUCAAAAAGGUCAACUGUUUCGAAAUACAAAAAAAUGAACAUAGGUAUCCCAAAAAGUAAAAGAACAUGAUUAAAUGAAGUGUUUCAAAAGUUUUUUGUUUAUAUGUGAUGGUGAAUGCUUUUUAAGAAAAAUGUUAUCUGUAACAUAAUGUUUAUUGUGAGACAUAUUUGGUAUAAUUGUUAAAAUUUUCUGCAAUUCUGUUUAUCGUGAAUAAUUUAUUUGUUCAUCUAUAGUCAAUUCUAACCUAUCAAUUUAAUACGUAUUUUAACGCACAAAAACUGGAAAAACAAUUACAAAAUGAUCAAAGCUAUUUUAGUGUUCAACAAUCAUGGGAAGCCACGCCUCACAAAGUUUUACCAAUAUUUUAAUGAAGAUAUGCAACAGCAAAUAAUAAAGGAAACUUUUCACCUAGUAUCUAAAAGAGAUGAUAAUGUCUGUAAUUUUCUAGAAGGAGGCAGCCUAAUUGGAGGGUCAGAUUAUAAACUAAUCUACCGACAUUAUGCCACCUUAUAUUUUGUGUUCUGUGUUGAUAGUUCAGAAUCUGAACUUGGCAUUUUAGAUUUGAUUCAAGUUUUUGUUGAAACACUUGAUAAAUGUUUUGAAAAUGUAUGUGAACUUGACCUGAUUUUUCAUGUAGACAAAGUUCACUACAUUCUUAAUGAAUUAGUUAUGGGAGGAAUGGUAUUAGAGACAAACAUGACUGAAAUUUUAACAAGGAUUGAGGACCAAAACAAAUUAGAAAAACAAGAGGCUGGAAUCACAGCAGCUCCAGCUCGAGCAGUGUCAGCCGUAAAGAAUAUGAAUAUACCACAACAAAUUAAAGAUAUGAAAUUACCUGAUUUACCACAAGCAAUUAAGGAUCUUAAGUUCUGACCAGCUGUCGCCUCAUUGCCAAGUUGAUUUAAAGUUGUAAAAUAUGAACAUUUAGUUAAUGUUACAAAAAAAGGAUUUGUUUCUCUGAAAGACCAUGGGAAAAUUCCAAUCAUGUAUGAUUCUUCAUUAUUUAUUUUGUCAUUAGCACUUCUACAUCGUUAUCAAGAGUAAGACUU